GAAGCUAGAUUCUGUCUUUUUCUCUUCUUUAUCCACUUUCCAUUCAACAUGUUAUAUACCAUUUUGCUUUGUUUCAACUCAUUCAUUCACUCUUUGAUUGUGAUAUUUGUUAACAAUCAUAACAUCACUCUGCUAAAUACACUCUUGUAGUAAUAGGAUUGUGUUUAAGUUAUUGCAUUUUGCUGACAAGUUCUGAUGGCAUUGGUAACUGGAAGAAGUUCAGCUCUGAAUCCAAAUGCACCUCUCUUCAUACCUGCUGCAUUUCGGCAAGUGGAGGAUUUUUCACCUCAAUGGUGGGAGCUUGUGAAAUCUUCGACAUGGUUUCAUAACUAUUGGUUGAGCCAGCAUAAGGAGGAAGAUUUUGUCGAAAGUGGCGGAAAUGAUGCUACAAAUGAUGAUGAUAUAGAACAUAUGCUGUCAGAAACUUUUGAUCUUGGCAUUGAAGAAGAUUUCAACUUUCUAGAUAAUGAGUUUGAGAAAUUGGUGAUGUCCGACGAAGCUCAAGAGUGUCCAGUUAUGGAUGAACCUGUUGAGGAAAAAAAGCCUGUUCAUGGUGUUAACAAGGAUGCUGCAGCUCUUAUCAAGAUCUUGUCACCAAAGGAAAGGGGUUCAAAGUCCCCUAUCGGGUCUCCAAAGCAAUUUGAGAAGCCAGCACAAUAUGUUAACCUCAAGUGUGCACCUCAGAGAAUUCACCAACCUCGUUAGGAAAAACUUGAAGCUCACAGUGUAGUAGCUUGUUUGAACUGCAAGUUUCUGACUUGAGUAUACAAAUCAAUGUUGAGAUAACUUGUGUACAUAGAAGAAGGUGUAGUGUCUUUGUAUUUUUCUUGUUGGUUUUCAUGUAGUGUAUUUAAUGGUAGGUGAGACUUUCAAGUUUGAACGGCUCAAAUCUUGGAAUGUUUAUGGUUUGAUGAAUGGUUAAUGUCAGUUACAUGGCAAAGUAGAGUCUAUGAAUUUGAUGUUUUAGGUGUGUCCUGUUCAGUUUGGUAAUUGGAUUGAACUUUUCAGUUUGGUAAUUUUACAUUUGGAAAGAAAAUGGUUAAGCAGCUGCUUUUUUCUAUGCAAUUGCAUCAGUUUAUCAACUUUAUUUAAA